GUACAAAGAUUUGAGGAAAAGGCUGGAUACUGGACACUGAUUUCCACUGCCAAAAGUAGUGGAUGGGUACCUAAGACUAGGAAGUGGCCGAAAGGACCAAGGGCCCUCAGUCCUUGGGCCGAGGGGGGGAGGCAGGCAAGAUCGAGCCCAGAGAUAAAGGUAAUCUCUCAAGGGAGAGUGCUGUCUCCACUACUUGCCAACUUAUAUGGGGUGGAAUAUGAUAGACGAUUAGCAAGUCUGGGGAUACCGUUCCUACGCUAUGCCGAUAAUGUAGUACUUGGAGUACCGGGUCCAGACCAGGGCGGGGGCAGCCAGCUCUUGCGCAGCGCGCAUGCUCCCCUUGGUACCCCCCUGUCAAUAGCCUCACCUCGACCCCCGCCUUCGGCCCCAGGACUAGGGGCCACCCUGUGGUCCUACGGCCACCCCGGCCUGAGGACCAAGGGCCCUCAGUCCUUGGGCCGAGGGGGGGGUUCUAGGUCUUGC